AUGAGGAUCGGCCGUCGAGCAGUACGUACUGCUUUCGCGGCUGCCGCAUUCCUUAGCGCGAAGGGUACGCUGGAAGAUAAGGUCGUUGCAACAGGAAUUGAGACGUAUAAACCUCCGCUCAACUACGCAGAAGUCCCAAUCAGCAGAAAGAUUAUCAAUCCUGCCGACAAGAGUGGUCUGAAUCUGCGUCUGUAUCAGUAUCAGUCAUGCCCAUUCUGUUGCAAGGUUCGAGCUUUUCUCGACUAUUACGGUUUUUCCUAUGAAGUUGUCGAGGUCAAUCCUGUGACUAAGACUCAGAUGUCGUUUUCGAAGGGUUACAAGAAGGUUCCCUUGAUUACAAGCGCCGAAGGCACAUUCAAAGAUUCGUCGCUCAUCAUUUCUCAGCUCACAACAUAUUUGAAACGUGCUGAUCGUAAUUUGUUUGAAAUCGACGAAAUGUACCCAUCAAUUGAAGCGAUCAAUGAUGAUGGGAAGGUGAUCAAAGUGUGCCCGAACAAAUAUGUGAUUAUGAAGGAGGAAUCGAAUGAUGAUGAAGAUUUUGCAUACGAAAGAGAGGAACGCAAGUGGCGCGAAUGGGUCGACGAUCACUUCAUUCAUCUCAUCUCUCCCAACAUCUAUCGUAAUUUUUCUGAAUCGCUGGAGACAUUCGAGUGGUUCUCCAAGGCAAGUUUCAAUCCCACCCCAUCCCCUAUCUCUACAGCUGGAAGUUCAUUUCAGUUUGGUGAAUGGGAAGUAAAUUUCUCCACUUGGAGUCGCCUUUUGGCCAAGUAUAUGGGAGCUUUCAUUAUGUGUAUCAUUGCCAAGCGUCUGAAGAGAAGGCAUAACAUCUCCGAUGAGAGGCAGGAAUUAAAGGAUGCUUUUGAAGAGUGGAUGAAUGCGAUCGGACCGAAUAGAACUUUUAUGGGCGGUGAUAAACCGAAUCUAGCCGAUCUCGCAAUGUAUGGCGCUAUGACAGCAUUUGCUGGUUGUGGGGCUUUUAAAGAAGCUAUUGAGAGUAGCUCGAUCAAGCACUGGUUCGAAGCUGUGCGUUCGGCUGUACAGAAUCAUGAGGGUCGUGAGAUGCUCGCCAAGAGAACCAGUGCUCCUGCCAUUCAACCGAAAUAG